AUUUACUUAUAUAUUCCAAAGAAACAGAAUGUGAUUAAAUUUUUGUGUCUUUUCUGAAAUGGGUUUUAGUUAUUAGUAAAAGAUUGAAUUCAAGACACCCAUUUCAGAAUUUCAAUGAUUCAUCUCUAGAAUACCCAUUCCAGAAUUUGUUUGUUUUCGAGGUUUUCUUUCAGAGUUGGAAAAGCGCCAUUUGCUGGGCAAAACCCAAUCCCAAAAAAUUGAAGAAGAAGAAGACAUAACCCAAACUCAAUUUGGGAUUUCUUUUUAAUUUCUUCGUAAACCCAGAUUCUUGUUAAUGUAAAAGAAGUUUAAGAGAAGAGUGACAGAGAGAAAAGUGAUGAAUUUUGGAGCAUUGAGCAUGGAAGAGAAGAAAGAAACUGAAAGAGAGGAGUUAGAAGAAGAAGAAGAAGGACACGGGCAACAAGAACAUGAUUUGUUAAGAAAAAUUCCACCAUGGAAGAAACAAAUUACAGUGAGAGGAUUAAUUGCAAGUUUUAUAAUUGGGAUAAUUUACAGUGUGAUAGUGACAAAGCUUAAUCUCACAACAGGACUUGUUCCCAAUCUUAAUGUCUCUGCUGCUCUUCUGGCAUAUCUUUUCAUUAAGUCAUGGACUAAAUUGCUUCAUAAAGCCGGUUAUGUUUCUACUCCAUUUACUAGACAAGAGAAUACGGUCAUUCAAACCUGUGCGGUUGCUUGUUAUAGUAUUUCUUUCGGAGGUGGAUUUGGGUCUUAUCUAUUGGGAUUGAGUAAGAAAACAUAUGAGCAAGUAGGGGUUAACACUCCGGGAAAUAGUCCUGGGAGUUAUAAGGAACCAGGAGUUGGAUGGAUGACUGCUUUCCUUUUUGUUACAAGUUUUGUUGGGAUUUUAGCUUUGGUUCCUCUUCGAAAGAUAAUGAUAAUAGAUUACAAGUUAACUUAUCCUAGUGGCACUGCGACUGCAGUUCUCAUUAAUGGUUUUCACACACCUCAAGGAGAUAAGAUGGCCAAGGAGCAAGUUCAAGGAUUCACAAGGUUCUUUUCAUUUAGCUUCUUUUGGGGUUUCUUUCAGUGGUUCUACUCGGGUGGAGACCAAUGUGGAUUCUCUCAGUUUCCUACUUUCGGGUUGAAAGCAUGGAAGCAAACAUUUUUCUUUGAUUUCAGCAUGACUUAUAUUGGAGCAGGGAUGAUUUGUUCGCAUCUUGUUAACUUGUCUUUGCUUUGUGGAGCUAUUCUUUCAUGGGGAAUAAUGUGGCCAUUGAUACAUGGCCUAAAAGGAGACUGGUACCCGGCAGCUUUAUCAGAAAGUAGCAUGAAGAGUUUGAAUGGUUACAAGGUUUUUAUCUCAAUUGCGCUCAUUCUAGGAGACGGGCUCUACAAUUUCCUGAAGAUAAUGUAUUGUACCAGUAGAAGUAUUCAUGCUAGAAUUAAAGGCAAGAGUGCAGUUGCAGAUCAGCCAGUUGAACCACUUGAUGAUCUUCAGCGAAAUGAACUUUUCUUGAGGGAAGGUAUUCCAGUAUGGCUUGCAUGUGCUGGAUAUGUUCUCUUCUCCGUUGUUUCCAUCAUCGUGAUCCCACUCAUGUUCCCCCAGCUGAAAUGGUACUACGUGGUCGUAGCAUACCUCCUUGCUCCAUCUCUCGGAUUCUGUAAUGCGUAUGGUGCAGGUCUGACUGACAUGAACAUGGCCUAUAACUAUGGGAAAGUAGCUUUGUUUGUGUUAGCUGCAUUAUCUGGGAAGGAUAAUGGUAUAGUUGCCGGGCUUGUAGGUUGUGGCCUUAUUAAAUCCAUUGUUACCAUUUCCUCCGAUCUUAUGCACGAUUUCAAAUCUGCUCAUCUCACGCUUACUUCUCCUCGUUCUAUGCUUUUAAGUCAGGCCGUUGGAACUGCAAUGGGCUGCGUGGUAGCUCCUUUAACAUUCUUUCUUUUCUACAAAGCCUUUGAUGUGGGAAAUCCCACUGGAGAAUAUAAAGCUCCAUACGCUAUAGUUUACCGAAACAUGGCAAUUCUCGGGGUUGAAGGCUUUUCAGCAUUGCCUCACCAUUGUUUGCAGCUUUGUUACGGGUUCUUUUCAUUUGCCAUUGCAGCUAACUUGUUGAGAGAUCUCUCUCCACCGAAGGUAGGGAACUGGGUUCCCCUGCCUAUGGCUAUGGCGGUACCAUUUCUUGUUGGUGCAAGUUUUGCAAUAGAUAUGUGUGUUGGGAGCCUGGUUGUGUUUAUAUGGCUCAAGUUUGACAACCAAAGAGCGAACUUAUUGAUUCCUGCAGUUGCUUCCGGUUUAAUCUGUGGAGAUGGGUUGUGGAUCCUCCCUUCAUCAAUUCUUGCUCUGGCUAAGAUAAAGCCGCCGAUGUGCAUGCAGUUUGUGUCUGCGUAACAAGAAAGAGGUUUCAAAAGAAUGUGGAAGAAAAAUAAUGAGGAUGAAUCAGAGUCUUGGAAACAAUGAUAAUAAUUUGAGAAGGUUUAGUUCGGAAGGGAAAUCAGCCGAGAUGUCAAGUUGUCAACCAAUGACAUGUAUCACUUAAAAUCAUCGUGGUCCAAACAAUUGUAGUUUUAGAUAGUUACAGACAUGAAAAUCUUAUUCUUUUAAAAUUCAUGACGUAGAACUGUCAUCAGAUCUUCGGAACAGAGAAAUACAUACUUGGAUCGAACCCAGAACUGAAGGACAUGGAUUGAAUUAUGUUGGAGUAGGGACUGGUUAUUCAUGGAGUAAAGUGUACAAGUGAUACUUCCAUAGGAUCUUUUUUGAAGUAUAAAAGAUAGUAAUAACUAGUGAUGUAUAAGCAAGUUUUGUAAAGUAAUUAAAUGACCGGUAAAUUUAACUUAAA